GUGGCCUAUUUUUAUUCGCAUCGUGUCAUUUUUGCUUCAUCGAGGGCCUUCUUUCUCUUCCGCUCCACUCUCGAAGCCCUACCCCUCUCUGUCUCUCUCUCUCUUCGAACCCUAAAAAAAUAAAAAAUAAAAACGAAUAUCCAUAUCGAUCUUCUCUGUGAAAUCGAUAUCGAAGAAGCACUGAGAAAAUGCAGCAUCAGAGGAUGAAGCAACAGCAACAACAACAACAGGCCUUGAUGCAGCAAGCAGCUCUUCUUCAACAGCAAUCUAUGUACCAUCCUGGCCUCUUGGCUGCCCCUCAGAUUGAGCCUAUCCCAAGCGGAAAUCUGCCUCCUGGGUUUGAUCCAAGUACAUGCCGCAGUGUGUAUGUGGGAAACAUUCAUACACAGGUGACAGAACCCCUCAUUCAAGAGGUUUUUUCAAGUACUGGACCUGUGGAGGGCUGCAAGCUCAUUAGAAAGGAGAAGUCAUCAUAUGGAUUCAUUCAUUACUUCGAUCGUAGAUCUGCUGCGCUUGCUAUACUGUCUCUUAACGGAAGGCACCUGUUUGGGCAGCCUAUCAAAGUUAAUUGGGCAUAUGCCAGUGGUCAGAGGGAAGACACAUCAAGUCACUAUAACAUAUUUGUUGGUGAUCUCAGCCCUGAGGUUACUGAUGCUAUGCUGUUUGCAUGUUUUUCUGUGUAUCCUAGUUGUUCUGAUGCAAGAGUUAUGUGGGAUCAGAAGACUGGGCGGUCAAGAGGGUUUGGAUUUGUUUCUUUCCGGAAUCAACAGGAUGCUCAAAGUGCGAUAAAUGACUUGACUGGAAAGUGGCUUGGUAGUAGACAGAUACGUUGUAACUGGGCUACAAAAGGUGCUGGAACUAAUGAUGACAACAAGAGCUCUGAUGCGAAAAGUGUGGUGGAAUUAACAAAUGGAUCUUCAGAGGAUGGUAAAGAGACAGCCAACAAUGAUGGGCCUGAGAAUAACCCACAAUACACCACUGUUUAUGUUGGCAAUCUUGCUCCAGAGGUCACUCAGCUUGAUUUACAUCGCCACUUCCAUACUCUUGGUGCUGGAGUAAUUGAGGAAGUUCGUAUCCAACGUGAUAAGGGCUUUGGUUUUGUGAGAUACAGUACCCAUGCUGAGGCAGCUCUGGCCAUUCAGAUGGGAAAUACCCAGUCUAUUCUCUAUGGCAAGCAAAUCAAGUGCUCAUGGGGUAGCAAGCCAACUCCACCGGGAACAAAUUCAAACCCACUUCCUCCACCUGCAGCUGCACCUACUCUGCCAGGUCUUUCAGCCACUGAUCUUUUGGCCUAUGAGCGGCACCUGGCAAUGACCAAGAUGGGUGGGGUUCACACCCUUAUGCACCCCCAGGGGCAACAUCCUCUUAAGCAGCCGGCUAUGGGAAUGGGUGCUGCUGGAGCUAGCCAAGCGAUUUACGAUGGUGGCUUCCAGAGUGUUGCUGCUGCCCAGCAGCUCAUGUACUACCAGUGAUAUAAUAAGAUAAGAUUAGAGCUUUGUGGGUGAAAUGGAACCCUAAUUUUCUUGCCUUUGCAGGGUCUUAUUUGAGAUUUCAAACUUUUUAAGGAGUUUUUUUAUGAUGUUUCACUUCUUUUCUCUCGAGUUUGUGGGGGUGUUGCCAACCAAUUAUAUGCUUACUACCAUAUUGAUAAAUAUCAUGUAUGUUUUGCUCUCUUCUGUUAUUAUAUGUAGGAAUGAGUGGUUAGUAUUAUUGCAAGUUUGAUUGUUUAGCGCU